AUGGGUCUUGCCGCCCCUCGCAAGAGGGUUAAGAUAUCUCACGAUCCCAACAAUACAACAUGGGCCCAGUCAACAAGUGGCUUUGGCCACAAGAUAAUGACCUCUCAAGGCUGGACGCCCGGAAGUUACUUGGGUGCCCGCAACGCCAACCAUUCCGAUACCUUCACCGCGGCCAGUGCAUCUCAUAUUCGAGUGACGCUGAAAGACGACACACUGGGACUGGGCGCUCGUGCUCCAACAUUAGGAAAUGAUAAUGUGGCUGCAAUCGAUGCUUUUCAGGGACUAUUGGGUCGGUUGAAUGGAAAGAGCGACGUGCAGCUUGAACAAGAGCAACGAAAGCGUGACGAUACAAGGCUGGCCGUGUACGCAUCGCAGAAAUGGCAGGCUGUUACUUUCAUCAGUGGCGGCUUUUUGGUACAGGAAAAGCCCGAUGAUGCCUUGAGAUCGAAAAGCAAAAAGAAACAUGACUCACCGAAUGAUGCCAUCGUUGCGGACAAGACAUCCUCCGACGAGUCCAGGGACGAAAGUGCGGACGAAAUCCCUCCUCAAAUUGGAGAUAAAGCGUCAGUUUCGAAGACUGAGAAAGCUAGUAAAGAUGCAGAGGCAAAGGGCAUGAAAGAGAAAAGGAAAAGGAAGAAAGAGAAAUCUGAUAAGAAGGCAAAAAAGAACAAGGAGGAGAAUGAAAAGAAAGAGAAGAAGGACAAGAAGGAGAAGAAGGGAAAGAAGGAGAAGAAAAAAGAAAAGAAGGACAGCUCCCGGAAACGACGGCGCGCUGAGAAGGACGUGGAGAGCGAAAGCUCAGACUCAUUUAGCUCAGAUGAAGCGGACAACAAAUCCUCCCAACAAGAUACCGCCAGGUCACAAGCGCCGAGGCCUAACUGGAGACAUGCUAUCCGUGGUCGACACAUUCAACAAAAGAGGAUGGCUAUUAUGGAUGAACGAUCCUUAGGCGAAAUUUUCAUGAUCAAAGCUUGA